GAGCUGCCGCCGCCACCGCCACCGCGCUAGCAGGUCCUAAUGCCUGUCACUUCCCAGGACGCUGGCAGCUGCAGCCCGGAGCCCCCGAGCCCUCGGCAGGUUUGCCUGUCCUUCCCCGCGAUCUGAUUGGAUAAAGUGGGGGCUCGACGGUGGCCGACGUGGGACAGUUUGGCUGUGGCAGGGGUCUCGGAAACCAUGGGUUAUUGCAGUGGCAGGUGCACGCUUAUCUUUAUCUGUGGCAUGCAACUGGUUUGUGUGCUGGAGAGGCAAAUAUUUGACUUCCUUGGAUAUCAGUGGGCACCUAUCCUGGCAAAUUUUGUACAUAUUAUUAUCGUCAUUCUUGGUUUAUUUGGAACUAUUCAAUAUAGACCUCGUUACAUAACAGGAUAUGCUGUCUGGCUAGUCCUCUGGGUUACGUGGAAUGUGUUUGUUAUCUGCUUCUAUUUGGAGGCUGGGGACCUCUCAAAGGAAACAGACCUUAUCCUGACUUUUAAUAUUUCAAUGCACCGAUCUUGGUGGAUGGAGAAUGGACCGGGAUGUACGGUGACAUCAGUGACACCUGCCCCAGACUGGGCCCCAGAAGACCAUCGCUACAUCACGGUCUCAGGGUGUUUUCUGGAGUACCAGUACAUAGAAGUGGCUCACAGUUCCCUCCAGAUUGUCCUCGCACUGGCAGGGUUCAUCUACGCCUGUUAUGUUGUGAAAUGUAUAACUGAAGAAGAGGACAGCUUUGAUUUCAUAGGUGGCUUUGACUCUUAUGGCUAUCAGGGGCCUCAGAAGACAUCUCAUUUACAGCUACAGCCUAUGUACAUGUCGAAAUAAUACAAAUGGCUUCAGUAUAUCAGCUCCUGGACCGUUCAAAGAACUUGUUUCGCAGUGGCCUCCUGCAUUUUUUGAAGAGCAAGAAGCAACUAAGUUUAAAUAUAUAUACAUACUAACAAAACAUAAAGCCUCCAUGUACACUGGGACCACACACACACACACACACACACAGACACACACACACAGACAUGCGCACACACAACCAAUUCUACUUGGCCUCCUCUUCCUAACUGAAACAGACAGAUAUGCAGGACACGCCCAUCAUGGAUUUCCUGGAAGCAGGCUGCUUUCUCCCAGGCCUCUGGAAAGU